AUGUACGGUAUCUCUCUUCGUCUUCGAUUAACAGCUGAGAUUCCAUCUAACCAUCCAUCACUUGUUCGUACAUACAAUAACAUUGCACAAACGUAUCAAGCACAGGGUGACCCUGCUCAAGCACUUGAAUACUUAGAGAAAACACUUGAAAUCAAAGUUAAUUCUCUACCACCGAAACAUGGUGAUUUUGCAAUUACUUACAAUAAUUUGGCUUUAGCAUUAAAUGAUCAGGGCCGUUAUGAAGAAGCUUUAAAAUAUAUGAAAAUGGCUUAUGAAAUAGAUAUUUUGAAUUUAUCGGCUGAUGAUCCAGAUGUUAUUGAAGAUUUGAAAUUUAUUGCCGAUCUAGAAAAACAAAUAGCUGAGACUACUGUAAAGACAGAUGAAUAG